AUCGUUGGCGAAUGACCCACCACGAGCCAGCUGACAUAUGAGGCAAUCAUGUGACCUGUAGUCACAAGAAAGAUGGCGGCCGCCCUGCGGAUGUGCGGCGUUUGGAUCUUUCUACUUUUUUCUGCGGGUUCGGUCAGCGACGCUUUGACCAGAAAGCUUUCUGUGCAGUUGAAUCCUGGCGCUGUGGCCCCGCCUCCCGGUGGAGACCUCCUGCACGUGAGAGCUGAAGGAGACAACGACACGCUUCACUUCCUUUUUUGCAGCCAGGGGGCGCCAACUCUGCUGCUGGUUCACACCGACGUGCAUUAUUCUUCUGUCUCGGUCAACUGGCCCCUUUUCUUGAGCCGCAAUGCUAGCGGGAGCCUGCAGGUGGAGCCGGCCAGCAGCAUUCUGUCCAGCGGGGCGCUGGUCUUCAGCCGGCUGUUGGAAUAUGACGACAUCAACAACACAGCAGAAGUGACCUCUGACCUUUUCCCGCCAUAUGAGCUGCACAACAUCAGCUGGUCUGGCAUGCAGCUGUCAGGGGCGUCGGCUAGGCUGUGCGGCGCCGUGGCUGGAGGUUCCGUUUGUGUGCAUCUUUCUGUGUUUGAGUCGGAGGGGCGUGCUGAGAUGUGGCCCCGCCUACGCCAUACAGCUAACUCCUCCCAGGUAGAGGUGUGGCUUGACGGCCUGGUCCCAAGGACGCCGCAAUCACGCUUCUUUUUGGAGCUGCAAGCAGUGGGCGGAGCCUAUCCCCCGAAUAGGGUGGAGGUGCAUCGAUCCAUCGACGACGAGUUCACGCCGUCCAUAUUUAAGGUGUCUCAGUGGAUGUCUGCCAUCGACAGCGCCCGUGAGCGGGGCUUCAUCCAGUGGAAGCCGGUGGCAUAUCGGCACUCGCCGCCCACGCUGGAGGACGUGACACCGUGUCGUCACUCCGACCCGCGCCCACUGGCAGGUGUGGCGGUGGCGGCGGCGUCCAGCCUGGUGCAGGCGUUUUUCACGACGGAGGAAGCAUACGGACUGAACGUGAGCUUCGGCCUGGCGGGGCAGCCGUUCUACAACAGCACCAAGUUCCUCAGCUGGACGGCGCUGGUGGGCGUCGGCCUUCCACCUGCCGACACCUUCUCCCCACUGGUCCUCGCCAUCAUGGCUGUGGGUCUCGGUGCGCCGCUUCUCAUCCUCACGGCAGGCGGAGUCUUCGUCUACACGCGAAGGAGAUUGGCACCCUUGGCGCCAAGCUACGAGCCAAUCAACUGACAGCAGAGUGGCAGCCAAUCAGGUUGCACUCUUUUUAAAGUUGCUUUUAGUAUUUAUGUCAUCAUCUUCCUGGCCACGCCUCCAAUCAGAAAUGUCACCAUGAUGAUGAUGGACCAAGAGGAGUCUUUUAGAACGUCACAGCACGGCUUCCUCUUCAUUCCUCUUUUUAAAUCACCACACUAAAUAAAGACUUAACAUCUUCCACCUCAUGGUGGACUUUAUUGAAAAACAACCUGAUGCUGCUCAGAGAUGCUGGGAAAUUUCAACAUUCCAAGAUGAGUUCAUGGCCACCGGGUUUUACAGCCCUCCUAGAUUGACUCAAUCUGUCGGCGGACUUUCUCAGAGGCGAGUCGAUCUAGCCACCGCUGGCGCGUGACCACAAUGAUGGCGGAGAGCGCUGUCAGGGCCAUCAUGGCCGCCUCAAACUUCCAGAAGAGAUGCUCUUCCAUGACAACGGAGCGGCAGCUGCAAGGACGACAUGACUGAGACCGAGUCUGCAGCUUCCUGUCCAUGUGACUUUGUCCUCACCUCUUGUACUCGUCUCUGUGGGACUUGGUACAGUUGACCCGCUCCACGUAACCCGUGUGGCUGCAGGCCAGCCUCGUCUUCUGGACACAAACAUGUCAUCACCUCAGCAUGCUAACCGCUAAGCUAAGCUACCUAGCCUUACCGUCUGGAAAGCGCUACACUGAGAACACUCCACCGUGACCACAAACUCCUCCAGCAGCCAGCAGGGGGGGUCGACAGGCUUGACCACUGUGGAAGGACAAGAACCAUAAAGAACGCGACAAUGAAAGAGAUUAACAACGGUGUCUUUUACCCGCAGUUUUGUCUUCAGCCAGCAAUGCCGCCCCAAACACCCUGCAACACAGACGCGACACAUCAACCCCAGAACUGAACCCGUAAAGUACCAUGUUCUCGGACCCACCUCAGGGCCACUAGACCCCAGAACACUGCGUGCAGGACCAGAACUCGAGGCCGACAACACGCCACUGGGACGCGCCAGGAGCUUUCCAUCAGGCUGACGAGGUCCUACAGCUGCGACUCCAUGAGGCUGAAACGGAACCGCAGAGGACUUCACGAGGCUGAAACAGCAAUCACACAAUACAAUUGGACACCAUUUGUCUUGUAUUCAUUAUUCCUCCACGUCGUUUUCUUGUCUGACAUCGCCCACAUUACUCAACUGAAAGAACACGCUGGCUAACCAUCAGGACUUCUCCCAUUGAAGGCCAUUUCAGACUUUGUGACCGUUUUUCCCUCAUUGAAAAUGGGUGGUCAAGUUGACGCCCCCUUCUGGUGACAAAGUGAUCUGGUAUUUAUUCUUUAUUCGUGUGUUAAAAACGUAAUCAACGU